CCUGUCCUUCUUCACACUGUUAAGCUCUUCUAUUCCCUCAGCCCUAGUGGGAUUCGUUCAAAAUGGCUUCAAGCAGGCUCAUGAAAGCCAUCUAUGUGGCUUUGUUUUUGCUUUACGUUGACGCAGCCAUCUCGUUAUCCCUUGUCUCAUCAAUGGUGGCAUUUCUUCAUGGACGCGGCGGCCAACCAUUUGAGGUCCGACGACUUGGUUCGUUCUUUGACCUUCCCGGAGAACCUGCACAUCUUUUAACGGACCACGGCCAUACGACAAAUGCAGCAGGAGGUACGGGCGUCGUCCUUGUAGGGUUCGGUGGCCUCCUAGCUUUGUGGUUGGAGCAUAGGUCCAGGGCAAAGUACGGAAAAACAUCGCCAUUCUACUAUCUCUGGGCCCUUAUCACGAUUCUCAGCUGGCUUCUUACUCUCACGGCUCUGAUAUAUACCUAUGUCCUGACCAACAGGCACUCGGAUCAGGGUAUCGACCUCGCCUACGCAGAAGGCAAUGCUCCGAAGCCGUACCCACGGGACUCUUGGACCCCGGAGAACUGGUAUACGCAGGUCAACAGUCUAUCACUUGUCCACAGCGACGAUCACGACAUGCUGAAGAAGAAAUUGAGAUCCAUGCGCGGAUGGCGCUACAACCUUAUUCCCUUCAUGAUUCUUGGUUUCGUUCUCAUGGUCCUCGUCAUCGUGGAGCUGUUGAGUUUCAGGAGGUCGAGGGGUAGGAAGACAGAACAGCCAUUUGAAGAACGGCCGCAUGAGUCCGCUCACUUGGUAACCUGAUGUGGGCUUUCAAGUUGGGGAACAUAAGGGAUUUGUGAUUGUGGUCACUUGAGCGGUACGGUCGAGAUAUUAUAACCAAUGUCAAUUCAGUAGUAAACAAAGGGUUUUGCUCAAAGGAGGUAGAUGGAUGGAAGAGUGUCGAUAGAGGAGUAACAAAAAUGAUCCAAGUGGUAUU